AUGGGCACCUUCUACGGGCACGCGACCCCGGGCUGUCUGCUCCUCUUCCUGGGCCUCUGGAACUUCCGCUGCUCCGUUUUAGACUUUCUCGCUUCUCCGCAGUCCUUCGCCGCGCGCGUGUGGCACCCCAUGCCGCUUCCCGGGCACUGGGCGCGAAUGCAGCUGUACGCGGUAGUGGGAGGCGGGUCGGCUUACAUGAUUACCGAGUUGAUUAACAUCUUUAUACAGUCAUAUGUGCUGCUCAACAGCUACGAGCAUCUGUCGGCCAACGUGGUGUUCGUCUUGACUUACGGUGUGCUUCUCCUUCAUGACACCACCAGGUACCUGCCGUUCCCCAAGGGCACGCUGCAUAUAAUAGCAUCAGUGCCAUACACAAGUGCGGCAGUCAUGUUUUUCUUCCACUCCACAGGGCACAACGGCCCCAUCGAGGCCCGCUACCACAUCUUCCUCGUCCUCCUCAUCUCUGCCACCGCCCUCAUGCUGCUCCUCAGCGCCGCCUUUCCCAAAAGCUUCCUCCUGGAUACGCUUUCAAAUCUGGGUAUCAUACUUCAGGGUGCGUGGCUGUUGGUGACGGGUGCAUCGCUUUACGGUUACAUGCAGCCGUCGCACUGCCACACCGAUCCCACCGACCAGGAUUACAAGCUGAUUUGCGAGGAGCACAAGUGGGAGCACAUGGGGUUGGCGUUCGCCUACGUGCACUUGGCAAUGCUCAUCUGCCUUGUACUGGUGCUCACUGUGGCGUUCUAUGCGCUUGCUGCGCGGAAUGCUCCCAGCAACUCCAUUGAUUUCAUCCUUGGCACAAAUGCUCCUGCGAAUAGCAGCAACCCGAGCGGUGCUUUUGUCACUUCUGCUGCGAGUUCUGUAGUACAUCCAUGGCCUUCCGAAGGUGCUGAAAUCGGCAAGAGAGGUCAAGCCACGCCAAUGGCUGCUGCUAUUGUGGAUGUGGAGGGCGAAGCGGUAAGCUUGCUUGGAGAUAAGGAAUGCCACUCUAAGGUUCCCGAGUAA